GAGGAAGAGCUAAUUCAUCAAUGUUACAUGCCGAAUGCAACAUCAAAAACAGGCAACAAACAUCGGUCAGUGUAUUAUUCGUGCACUGCUAUGCUGUGUUGACCGAGGCUGCAAUUGAAUGCAAGUUUGAACAUGGAGACUAUUGCAAGUGCACACUCACAAAUGGCUAUGUACUGGAUAUGACAUCGCUCAAGAACAUCUCAGAGUUCCUGAAUCCAGCGUACCCGUACAACUGGAGUCCGUGUGGUGACGUCAUCAACUAUACAGGAACAGCAUGCGCUGCAGGAACUGCUGCAUGCCUCAAUGAAGAUGGCACACACUUGAGCAUGGGUAACCUCUCCAGUGUGAGUGCUGUGAUUGAUGAGACAGGCCUUGUACCCGGUUCCGUCAAUAUCACCUACACUGGUGGAACAGAAGGCAGACGAGUCAUCCUCCGUACAUCCUGCACGCAGGAGUUUCCCGGCUGUCUCAGUUUUGAGAUGGAGGAUCCACCGUUAACAUACAACUUCUGGCUAGCUAACAGUGCGGUGUGCUUGAAGGGGACGGAUGAUGCGAGCCAGGAAGGACGCCGCUCUGUUCGCGUUGUCUAAUGUAUUGUCUAAUGCAUUGUUAUAAAAAAGAGAGGUUUUUUCACUCCAAAUGUAUAAAUCCUAUUGGGUACAUCCUAUUGUAGUUUAACCAUUCUCUUUAGUCACGAAUUCCAUUGAUAAUUGUGACAAGAAAACGUCCUGAAAUACUUUA